GCAUAGUUGAAACAGGAACCCUUUUGUUGCUGUAACAACUUUACACGCGUUAGCCAGCUUGAUGGGAGGAAAAGGAGUCGGGCAAAGACAAACAUGAACAAGCUGAAGUCCUCACAGAAGGAUAAAAUUCGUAAGUUCAUGAUUUUCACUCAAUCCAACGAGAAGACUGCACUGGCCUGUCUGUCACAACAUGACUGGAAGCUAGAUGUUGCUACUGACAAGUAUUUCCAAAAUCCAACUUUAGACAAGAAGAAGCUCGAACAUCUAUACAGCAGAUAUAGAGAUCCCCACGAUGACAAGAUCGGCAUUGAUGGGAUUCAGCAGUUUUGUGACGACCUUGGUUUGGACCCAGCCAGUAUAAGUGUUCUUCUCAUAGCCUGGAAGUUCAGGGCUGCAACACAAUGCGAGUUCUCUAAACAGGAGUUCAUGGACGGCAUGGCAGAGCAGGGAUGUGACAGUAUAGAUAAGCUAAAAGCUCAACUACCCAAGAUGGAACAAGAGUUAAAAGACCAUGGGAGAUUUAAGGACUUCUACCAGUUUACAUUUAAUUUUGCAAAGAAUCCUGGCCAGAAAGGUUUGGAUUUAGAAAUGGCUAUUGCAUAUUGGAAUUUAGUAUUGGCUGGAAGAUUCAAGUUCCUCAACCUCUGGAACACGUUUUUAGUUGAGCACCACAAAAGGUCAAUUCCCAAGGACACAUGGAACCUGCUGCUAGACUUCAGCACAAUGAUCACGGAUGACAUGUCCAAUUAUGAUGAGGAAGGAGCAUGGCCUGUACUCAUUGAUGACUUUGUGGAGUUUGCACGGCCGCACAUUGGGACCAAAAGUACUGCAGUUUAAUGAGCACCUCUCAAACAGCCACACAAACAAGACAAAAGAACACAUGGACCACACUGAGCUGACAACUAUGUUGCCUUUUCAACCCUCAGGACUGAAAUAUUUUACACAGAAGAGACUUUAUAUAAACACGUGUGUGUGUGUGUGCGUGCGUGUUUGUGUAUGUACAAUACAUAUAUAAAAAAUGCAUAUCACUUUGUCGGGUAACUUGUGGUUUGACGCUUUUGACGACAGUAUUGGGCUUUUUUGUGGGCGCUGAAGCCAAGCAGAAAAAGGCACAGUGUCGGUUUCUGGAUGUGUUGGGCUCUGCUCAAAAAGUCGACACACGCACACACACACAUGUAAACAUUCUUUAAUGAUUUUUAAUUUGACUUUUGAUUGCAUCCUGAUUUGGUUUUAUGAAUGAUACAGCUCUGUGACUUGUCGGUAUCAAUAUAAACAUUGAUUGCAGUUUUGUUUCUUUAAACAUAAAAUAAAUGUUUCAAUUUGCUACCUUUAAA